AUGAAUGCACCGUCAAGGCCACCUUCAGACACGGAAGGCGAUGGGCCAUCGGUCAUACUGGCGGCUUGUGACUGUGCCUGUGCCUGUGGGGUCUCGAUGGUGGGAAGCUCGGAGACCCAAGGUGGAGGCGAGACUUGCUGCGUAGCCUGGGGAUACCCCGAGCUGCUUGGUGCACCUUUCAGAGUAGAGAUGUAUUCUCAAAGGUCUCGCACGCUCAGCGGGGUGUCGGGCGAAAAGUGGCGAACGAUUGUUGCCAUCAACUCGAGAUGUACAAUGUGCAAGCGAUCUGGAAAGAAUCUGGAAAGAAUCUGGAGAGAAUCUGGGGGCGGGUCACCAAAGCAAGGGCCCCUGCCCCCCGCACUAGCGAAUGCGGGGAAGGCUGUACCGACAGUGCCGAUUACCAAAGGAAUCAUCAUCAUUGGACCGAGGGAACAGUUAAACAAGGCAGAGGCUCAGCGGUCACCGACUUACUCCACAUCCAACUUACCCGAGUUUCGGUGA